UGCGCAUGCGCGCGCCUUGUUCCUGUAGCCUUUCAGACGGUUGUGGUGGAGAACUGAGCGUGCGCCGGUUCCAUUUUAUCGGAGAUUUACAUGGCGGCGCCGCUGUGAGGCUUUCUAAGGACUGUACACAGCAAGCACAGAGAUACAGGAGGAUACAUGCACUAAGAAGUGAUCAAGAUGGCUGCUCCAGGGAAACAGUAUGGACUUUUUUUCCCCAAGAAGCUGCAACAGAAAAAUACUUUUGCACCUAAGCAUUCGGCAUUUGCAGAUGACUCUGAUGAUGAGACUUCAGUUGGGGAGAGUCUAAAGAAGGAGGCCCUGAAGAAGAGAGUGAUGAUGCAGACUAAGCUGGGUAUGCAGAAAGCCCUGCAGGAGGAUCCCUCUGUGUACGAGUAUGACAGUAUAUAUGAUGACCUGCAGAAGAAAAAAGAGGAAGAUACAGCUAAGCUGCUUUCUGGGCAAGAUAAAAAACCAAAGUAUAUCCAGAAUAUCUUAAAAGCUGUUGAAGUGAGGAAGAAGGAACAGGAAAAGCGUAUGGAGAAAAAGAUUCAGAAAGAACGUGAGAUGGAAGGAGACGAAUUUAAGGAUAAGGAGGCUUUUGUGACGACUGCCUACAAGAAAAAGUUGCAAGAGAAGACUGAAGAAGAAGAACGGGAGAAAAAGGAAGCUGAAUUAGAAGCUUCUCUUGAUGUUACCAAACAAAAAGACCUGAGUGGAUUUUAUAGACAUCUUUUAAAUCAGACUGUGGGGGAAGAAAAGGCUCCAGAAUGCAGCUUGAGGGAUGCAGGAGUUAAAGAGGAGAAGCCAAGGGGCUAUCCAGAUGAAGUGAACAAUACUAGCCAGCAGGAAAACAUUGAUGCUGAUAGUGAUUUGGGUACAGAGUCCAGUGAGGAAGAAGACAUCGCCGACAAAAAGCCUCCAAGCAAGUCUGGUCCAAGUCAAGUCAAAAUAAGUAAAAAGACCAAUUACAGACAGAGACAUUCUAGUUCAUCCAGUGAAGAACAAGAUAACCAUAAGGGAAAAGAGAGAAAAAAGAGUGAAGAAAGUCGGCUUGACAAAGAUAGAUCCCAUCGGGAUUAUAGCAGAGAAAUGAGGGAAGAGUUUGAUGAAAAGCCAAGGCAUGGGGAACCUACUGACAAAGACCGACAGAGGAAGAGAGAGGAAUCAGAUUCUGAGCUAAGAGCUACAGAAAUGAGAGAACACAAAAGUAACAAGGAUGGAAAAAGAGAUGAUGGUAGGCAUAAAAAAGAAGAGGUUAAACAUAAUGACAAGGACCGAGAACGAGGCAAGAAACACAAAGAUAGGAUGGAUGAUGGCAAGGGAAGAGACAGGAAUGUUAAAGAAUAUAGGCCCAAAGAAUAUGGAGAGAGGUCAGAUAAAGACUACAAAGAUCGGUCAGAGCGACCAUUUGAACAGAAGCUAGAGCGAGGAGAAAAAAUGGAGAGAGAUUGUGAAAAAAGGUCAGAGAGAGAUAACAAAGAGAGGUCAGAGAGGGAGCGUGGGGAGAGGUCAGAGAGGGAGCGUGGGGAGAGGGAGCGUGGGGAGAGGUCAGAGAGGGAGCGUGGAGGGAGAUCAGAGAGGGAGCGUGGAGGAAGAUCAGACAGGGAGCGUGGAGAGAAAUCGGACAGGGAGCGUGGAGAGAAAUCGGACAGGGAAUGUAUGGAGAAGUUGGCUUCAGAGGACAUAGAUGUGAAAGAAAGGCAAUCUAAAGAUAAGAGGCACAGUGAAAAUAAUAAAAAGAGAAGCUCAUCACCAUUUGAAAUGCCACCUAAAAAUGAUUCCAAGAGUGAUGAAGGAGAAACCCAAAAUGUGGAUAACUCCUCAACCAAUAAGUUUGCAAAGCGAAGUAAUGAAGGGGAUGUGGUAUCAGCCAGGGACCGGUACCUUGCUCGACAAAUGGCUCGGGUAAAAACUAAAGCCUAUGUUGAGAUAGAGGAGGAUUAGCAAAACCGGUUAUUCAGAAACAUCAGAUGGCCUUACCUUUUUGGAGGUGGGUCUCUCAGUAAGUUUUCAUAUCAAUGCAUUUCUCUGGCAGGAGUGCUAAUAAAAGGAUUUUGUUUUGAUGAUAUGAUACCGGGAUUUGCUUAAUAUAUCCUACAGUUUUGGGCAUUUUUAUUGUUUUGAAAGUUUGUAUACAGAAUUACUCAAGUAAACAUCAGUUGCAACUGG